AUGGGGCAACCAGUUGGACGUGGGUUACGACCCUUGUUGGGGAAGAAGGGAAUACCGGUGGCUGACCUGCAGGUGCUGGGUCUGUUUUUAAUUUCCGCCGGAAGUAUCGACCCACAAGCAAUAUGUAAGCAACUGCUAGGUCUAGACUGUAACAAUUACACACCUCUAGAGAAUGAUGAGUCUGUAUGUGGCACUAACGGAGUUCAUUAUGACAACUAUUGUCAGUUUGGCAAAGCUCGAUGUGUGGAUCCUAGCAUAGACAUUAAGCAAGUCGGGCAUUGUCACGUCCACUCAGGUCCCCCAACUACCGUACCAGUAACUACUGUCCCUGUGACUACCGCCCCAGCAACCAGUGUCACCACACAAGGAACCACAACGACAACUAGGUCCUUUGAAAUGCAGCUUGUAUGUGCUAACGCCAACCUUAUCACGUGCACCAAUGAAAUCAGCCUCAUCUGCGGUAGUGAUUUUAAACUUUAUCAAAACAGUUGUAAAUUCACAUUGGCUAUGUGUCAAACUCCCGGACUUCACAAUUUGACACUAGCGGAUUGUCGUUCACACCAGGGAAGACGAGCCGCCCCCUAUGUCAUACACUGAGGAAGAAAUCCUAACCACGUCUAUUUUUAUUUUCGAUUUCAUUGUUAAUAAUAAAAUUGACUUGACUAAA